AUGGUUGAUAAGUUCAUAAUCGCCCAUACCGGAGCCAAAAAGGCCGAAGCAAGAGUAAAUGACAUAUUUGCUAUUAAGCAGUCCUUGGGAGAUGGAUUGAGGGACUUCCUCACCCGGUUCAACAGAGUAAGGAUGACUCUAUCGAACGUAUCCGAAGGGAUGGCAGUCGCAGCUUUCCAGAACGGGCUGAGUAGAGAUGGUUCAAUAGCAACUAGAAAACUAUUGAGCCGAUUGAUGAAGUAUUCUCUAACCACUUGGGACGAAAUCCACAAUGCUUAUUGUGCCGAGGUCCAAGCAGGCAUGGACGACCUCAACAGACCAACUCACCGGCUAACCUCGGUACAAGCCGAAUCCAGGAAAGAACGAAGAGACAGUACCAGAAGAGAUCACCUGAUUUCACGACCUAAUAGGGAACAACACCAAUCAUAUGUCAGGGCGGCCACCACACCCUCCCUCCACUAUGAAGAAGUGGGACUCAUCGGAACGAAAGAGACCCAAACACCAGAAAAUUCGACGCGUUCUAUGAUUUCCACCAGGAACGCAGGCACAAAACAGAAGAUUGCAUCGCCCUCAGAAGAGUUGUUAAGCAAUAAGGGGAGGACCAACUUCGCUAGAGGACGUGAACAUCAAGGCCCGCCAAAUUUGCCAUCACCAGCUCGUACUAUCAACAUGAUCAUCUGCGGCGGCGAGGACGCCUCUAUCAACGGCGUGAAGUUUACCACCCCUUAUAAGCUUAAGCGGUUUAUCACCCGUGAACGGUACGACGUACUCGAAGAAAGUAUCAUCUUCAAUGAAUCCAAUAUCGACGGUUUGACUUUUCCUCAUAAUGAUGCCCUCGUUAUUACUUUAUGCAUUUUAGAUAUUGAUGUCAAAUGUAUCAUGGUGAACGAUGGAAGCGGUGCAUGCAUUAUCCAUCCCCGAGUUCUUACCCAAAUGAGACUCGAGGAUAAGAUAGUGCCUCGCUGCAUCACGAUAACCAUUUUUAAUAAUGCAGUUGAGUGGACAUCCGGGGAAAUUACACUCCCCGUCCUGACUAGCAGCGAGACUCUGGAGACAACAUUCCAUAUCAUGGACCAGGACACUGCGUACAACGCCAUAGUAUGGCGACCAUGGAUACAUCCCAUGAGAGUCAUCCCCUCCAGCCUAUACCAAAUAAUCAAAUUCCCAACUCCAUGGGAAUAUUCAUCAUACGCGGGGAAUAACGUACAUCCCAGGAAUGCUACCGCAUUUCCUUGA